AAUUACCAUUUUUUUUUCGUGUACAAGAACUUUGAGCAAUGAUUUAAAGCGUAUCUCCCGCGCUGUAUUUUUAGACCUACUAUAUAAUGAAAAAAGGCGUGUCAAGUUCCCGAUUGUUCACGUGACUCACAGCAGCCAGUACAGUACCCACUACCCACCGUCAGUCGUUCUUCUGCUAGUCAGACUUCCUUCUUUACAUUAGAACGAAUCGGUGGUUGAAUCAAAUACUUUUUUUUUAAACAUGUGUAAAGCAUAAUUUAAUUUGAUGUGUAUUUCUUUAACUAUUUAAGUGACUUUUAAAAAGAAAAUUUAAAAAAGUAACUGUUUACUUCAACUUUUCAUGUUGCCAGCUUCGGAUCUGUGAUCCCGGAAAAGCUUAGCGAUUCAUAACAAGAUGGCGGAUUUCGAGGGUGCCUCGGGUUUGAGUGCCACUGAAUUAAGUUAUCUCGCUAUUGACCGUUCUAUUAUCAACGACCCAGCAGUCCAAGCAGAAUGGGCAUCCAAAAAGCUUGUCUGGGUUCCAGACGAAACUCAUGGCUUUGUUGCAGCCAGCAUAAAAAGCGAAAAAGGUGACCAAGUAGAAUGUGUUGUGGAUGAAACCGGCAGAAAAAUAAUGAUUCACAGAGAUGAUAUUCAAAAGAUGAACCCACCUAAGUUUAAUAAAGUGGAAGAUAUGGCAGAACUCACUUGCUUAAAUGAAGCAUCAGUACUACAUAAUCUCAAAGACAGAUAUUAUUCUGGUUUGAUCUAUGUGAGUAUAAAAAUAUAUUAUUAAUAAUUAGGUCUAUCCCCAACUUACUAAUUAUUAAACUUAUUAUUAUUAGUACUCUUAAGUCUAAGUAAAUGUACUGAAACUCAGUUUCACUUAGUGAAGUAAUAGUAGUUAUUUGUAGUAAGGUAAAUUUUGGGUUAAGGGUAUGGGUUUUGCCAAGAGUUGUCGCUUUGAGGAAUUCCAACACUGGACUUAAUCUUAAGUCUUACGAAGUGUCUACACGUCUGGCGCGCCGCGCGCUGGACAAAUAGUGCUGGAGAUAUACGUCCUCCCACUCAGCAUUACUUCCUUCUAGAAUGCAUUAUUGCUUAACCCCACUUUGUUUUGGUAGUAUACCCAAGUAUUUUUUUUCUAUUAUUUGUUUGCAAGAUAAUUAGUAAAUUACUUGGUAGAGAAAUAGAUUUUAAAAUGAACAAUAGUACAAUAUUUUUUAAUCAUUCGUGGUCACGUGACAAGGCUGACAGACGAAUAUCUCGAGCCACUUUGUUACGGCGGUCUGUGACUUGGUCGCCGGACAGAUAGUGCAGGAGAUAUACAUCCGGCGCAUCGGACAUGUAGACACUGCCUAAGUCUUAAGAUGACAGGAACAACACUAACAGUCAGUUGGACUUAAACUGUCUCUUAAACUUAAACGAUGAGUACCAGUAUAACUUUCCCAUUCUUCACUGAGGAUUUUUGCAUCAUCAUACACGUAAUCUGAUGAUCAAUACAGUUGCCGGUAUAUGAAAUAAAUUAUGUAGACAUUUUCCUUUCAUUUUUAUUAAAAUGUAAUUUACGAAGUUUAGAAGAAAUUAAAAAAAAAAAACAACCUCACCAUUGCUGAUACCCUAAGAAGACUAAGACGAACAUCGGGAAAAGACACGAAUUGUUAAUAGAGGCUUUCUUUUGAUUUGUUGAUAAAUGAAUUACCAGAAUGCUAUUCAUUUCUAUAAUGUUGCAAUUUAAUGUUGAUGGGAUAUUUAAACUUUUUCUGGAGAGAGUAGAACACACACACACCCCCCUUUCUUUUUCUUUUUUUUCCCAAUAUAAAAAUAAGAUAUAAAUUAUUUCGGGGGAGUCCUCGCCCUCUACUUUCAAAUGAAUAAAUGGGAAAAAAAUAAAAUUUUAUUCAAUAAAUACAGAGCUAAAAAAAAUAUUUUUUUUGUAAAACAGAACUAUGAUCUGUAGUUACCUGGGCCAGUUUGGGGAACCCUCAUGACCUCCUAUAUGGCAUGAAAGACAUCGUUGGGCCUGCCGCUAACUGCAUUUUAGCAUAAAUAACAUUUAUUUUUUAUAAACUUUUUGUUAUCCAAUGCUAUGCAAAUUUAUUUUUUUAAAAAUAACAUGUAGGACUGGUCUUUUAAUUUUUUUUUAACCAAAUAGGCCUAAUAUGAGUACUAAUGUACUUUAUAACAUGACAAAAUUAAAAAUGAUAUCCCUUUGAUGUCUGGUACCAUGUAUAAAUGAUUUCUAGCUAUUUUGGCUGAUUUUUUUUAACCCCACCCCCACCUUUUUAUCAUCACAAAAUUGUCAAACAAUUUAGAUAACCUCAUAACUCAUACUACAUUUUCACAAGUUUUUGAUUUCCCCUAAAUAUAUAACAUCAUAUUUCAAUGGAUGGCCCAAUUCCUAUUAAUUAAUUAAUAUGCUGCCUACACAUCCCUUGUUUAGGAAUUUUACUUGUUUUUAUCCACUUCUGAUUUUCCAAGAAACAAGACAAAGUUAAUGUGCAUUGCUUCAACUUAGAGUAUUAAUUCUGGUUUUUCAAAAUUGUUAAUGAGUUUGGUAGAAUGUUAGGUUGACAUAAUUAUUUUGGCAAUGUCAUUAAUAAAAAAUUUUUUUUCUCUAAAAUGAAGCUGUCUUGUUUGCAUUGAAAACAAAAUGAAAUAUUUUAAUUUUUGUUUUUUCUGUCAACUUCUUUAUGGUUAACCAAAAAUUCUAGGCCUUGACAGACACACAUCUCUCAAGGAUAUUGUGAUAUUAGAGCAUAUAUUGUAGAAAAAAAGAUAGACCAUAUCAUUUUAAGUCUUAUGAUGACUGAGAUAACUGAUGUUUACAAUAUAUGGGGCACAUGGUAGUCCCGUUCCCCCCCCCCCCCCCGUUUUCACAUUCUUACAUGUUACUUAAACACAUUUUUCCUUUCAGACAUACUCUGGAUUAUUUUGUGUGGUUGUGAACCCUUACAAAAAGCUGCCCAUUUAUACAGAGAAGGUCAUUGAGCUUUAUAAGGGCAAGAAACGCCAUGAAGUACCACCCCAUGUAUUUGCCAUUGCUGACUCUGCUUAUCGGUGCAUGUUGCAAGGUAUUUAAUGAGCCUUAAGAAUUAGGGAACAACCAGGUAGAUAUUUUCAACAGUUCCAAAUACGAUUUUUUUUUUUUUAGGACUACUAUUUGUCAAAUACCUCAUUGGUAUUAAUAGUAGUAUUUUCUGAGGCGAAUACUUGAAAAAAAUUGUAAUAUUGACUGGGGCAAAUGUCCGAGGCUAUUUCUGGUUGUUCCCUAUUUAAUAUUAUUUAUUAUUAUAGUAUUAUCUUUAAUAGAAUCAUUUCCAAAUUACAGUUGAAACUCUUCUACCUGUUACCAAUAAUGGCAAGUGGUAGUCCAUAUAAUUAAGAAUCAGGAUAAUCAUUGUUAUAAAAUAAUGGGAUUGUUUAACAGACGUUUUGUGUAAUAGUUUUUGCAAUAUGCUUUGCUUUUGAUCUUCUGACGUACAUUGUAUAUUCCUGGGUAAGAACUAUACAGAUAACCAAAUGCCUGGAUAAUUGAUGUUGAGUUAUUCAAAUUUCACAUCAAGUCAUUCUUUUAUGUUUAGCAUUAUAAUUUCCCAUUACAAAUAACUGAUCUUAAAGAUUACCUAGAAUUAUGCUUUCCUUUUAUUUGCAAAUGCUGAUUAAAAUUAAAUUUGGCCUAGAAGAUCUGUUUCUUUUAAUUGCUACAGAGCUCAAAUGAUAAAUAAAGAUAUUUAGAUUAAUUUUUUUGAAAUUAUUUUUGCUUUGUCUCAUUUCAAAGUUCACUUAAAAUCAAUCCAGCAAGUUUGUCCGUGAGCAAUAUUUUAAUUAAGUAAAACAGGGCAGUAACGUUUAGAUCUAUGAUGAUUUUUCUUCAAUGUUCACGCUGUCUUUUUUUUCUGCUCAUUUACAGCUUUUUUCAUGUGUUUUUUUAAAAAAAUUUUCAAUAACAAUAAUAGGUAGGAAAGAUAGGGUUAUCGUUAAUAUUAAAAUACAUUUUUAAUGUAUUCAAAAUCUUGAGAUGGAUGGGCAUUGUACAAAAAUUAUUAUACUAAACUAUUAACUGUUAAAUAUAUAAAAAGGCAUGUAUUGCACAUUAGUAAAAGUGUAAAACAUUUGUCAUAAGCUGGGCCUUAGCAAAGACAGUGCUGAUACUUUUUUAAUGGUAAGGAUUACAAUUUCGUGUAUCACAAUGUUACUGUAAACUGACUGAUCUGAUUUCCUCCUUGGUUUAGUUGUUCCAAUAGCUUUUAACUAUUAAAUCCAAGAAGAGUGAGGGUUUUGAAUGGUUUGGCUAUUUUAUUAUGUGGGGCUUGCUGAUCUGGUCAAUUUUGAAAUAAGUACAUAUUAUAUCACAUAAUUUAAAAAAAAAAAAAAAAAUUAAAAAACCCCAUGAAUUUGUGUCAGCUGCAGAGAUAAUAAAGAAUGAAUGCCCCAGUUUAAAUGGCACUUGCUUUAAAAGCAGCUUAUAGCUUGCUUAUGGUGGUCACAUGUUUUCAUUUCACACAGCAAUUCUUUCAUAAGCCAAAAUGUUAUAAGGUGUCAACUAUUAAGGUAGAAUUUCAGGAGAAGCUGUGCAUUCCUUAGUGUUUAUAAGUAGGCCUGCAUAGAUAUACAUCAUUACCGGCUGUGCACAUUAAUUUUUAAAUCCUGUUACAACCUGUUUAUUGAUCCACACUAUACAUUGCAGAGGGGUUGGGGAAAGGUACCCCAUAAAUUAAUAUACUAAUUAAUUCUAGAGUAAGUGAAAAUAAAAUAUAACCUAUUUGACAUGUUUUUUAAAUAUAAUUUUUAUGGGAGUCUCCAUUGCCAUAUUGCAAUAUUAUAUACAAUGACAUUUCCCUAUUACUAUUGUGACCAUAAGUAAUAUUUAAAAUGGAGAUAAAACAUUUCAGAGCACCUUUGCCCAUCCUCUAAGUAAAACUAUAAUAAAGUAUCAUGACUAUGUUAAGUGCACUCCACUCCUUUUUUCAAGUGGAGAGUAUAGGGAAGUAGACACUUGCUUUGUCUCAACCCGAAAGGACUGUCAAUUUAAAGAAAUGUAGAGUCGGCAUUUACAUCCAUGGUUCUAUUCUUGUUCAUAUUGAUUUAUGGAUAUUCAUCUAAGUGAAAUUAUCUACAUAUUGAUUUAUGGAUAUUUGGAUAUUCAUCUAAGUGAAAGGAUCUAUCACCCGCCACCUCACACACAUUCAAAUACAACUUUUCAAAGUUUAAAAUUGUGGUCUGUCCUCUGCACCCACACUUUCAUUGACAACAACCACACCUUUCAGGUACAAUACCCAUAUACUGUCAAUUUCAACAACCACACCUCAGUUUCAACAACCACACCUUCGUUUACAACAACCUCACCUUUCAUUUACAACAACCACACCUUCGUUUACAACAACCUCACCUUCCAUUUACAACAACCACACCUUUCAUUUACAACAACCACACCUUUCAUUUACAACAACCACUCCUUUCAGUUACAACACACAUACUAUCAGUUUAAAAACCCACACUUUCAGUCCCACACUUUCAGCUUUCAGUCCCACACAUUCAGCUUUCAGCUUUCAGUCCCAAGCUUUCUGUCCCACACUUUCAGUCCCACACUUUCAGCUUUCAGUCCCACACUUUCAGUCCCACACUUUCAGCUUUCAGUCCCAACUCCCAACACUUUCAGUCCCACACUUUCAGUGAAAACACUCUUUGUUACAUCACCCACCCUUGCAGUUACACAACUAUAUAGUGCCAAAUUAUAUUAAUUCCGAAUCUUAGUUUUAAGAGUAAAAAUUAUCGGUCAGGAAAAACAACAAAGAACAACCACUACAAUAAAUUGACUUGGAACAAUGUAAACUGUGAGCAGUUAUGCCAAUUGUUUGUUUUUUUGUUGUUGUUUUUUUAGUCCAAUGUUUGUGGGACGUCAUGUGGUUAAUUUUGAUGUGCAUUGUUACUUUCGAGUCGUAUCUGAUAAGUGCACAUUCCUGGUACAUGAACUGUCAGCUCGCUCGAGUUUUAACACACGACCUGUUGUUGGCGUCGCCGUGAUAAUAAAGUAAGAAUGUAUUCGUUACUGUCGGCAAUAGUUUGUACUUUCCCUUCCCGUCUGCCUGCAGUCCCACCGUCCUGUUAUGGUUACUGUCGGCAAUAGUUUGUACUUUCCCUUCCCGUCUGCCUGCAGUCCCACCGUCCUGUUAUGGUUACUGUCGGCAAUAGUUUGUACUUUCCCUUCCCGUCUGCCUGCAGUCCCACCGUCGUGUUAUGGUUACUGUCGGCAAUAGUUUGUACUUUCCCUUCCCGUCUACCUGCAGUCCCACCGUCGUGUUAUGGUUACUGUCGGCAAUAGUUUGUACUUUCCCUUCCCGUCUACCUGCAGUCCCUCCGUCCUGUUAUGGUUAGCCUGUCCCAUUGAAGCGGCAUUGAAGCACAGUCCUCUAAACACGGUUUGACUGGGGGCGCCCGUAUUAGGACCUACCUUCUAACGGACCUACUUAAUGAAUGAGGUCACACGUGCCGCUUCACUGACCCCCGUCAGUGGUGUUUAAAUCAGGCAAACACUUAUGUAGCAAACAGCAGCUUAAGUGAGGGGGAAACUUACUGGCUACUAGCCUCUCGUACGAAAUUAGUUCUGAUCAGCUGGUGAAUGUUUUUAUUGCUGUUGUUAACUUUUCGUGAGGAGAGGUCGCUCGGCUAGGGAAACAUUCUGAUGUCAAUACAGACGAGUAGUUUUGUUGCUAUUCGUAAAAAAAAAAAAAGAAGAGAAAGAAACAGCUGUAAUCACCAGUCACAAGGACAUCACACACUAAGGCUUGUCAAUGUCAUAAUUGAUCGUGGCUUGUGAUACCUCGCAUUAUGAAAAGCGAUGUGAUCGGCUUUAACGCAUCCUCUAUAAGGCAUCCUCUUUAACAUGUUAUGAGAAGGAGAGGUCAUCGCAGGACGCACUGCUAAAGUUGUCUCGCCUUCUUCUGACCUGGCUGUCGUUUUGCAUGGGCAGGGAAGGGGCGGCGGAGGGACAAGUAAAAAUAGAAUUGAAUGCUUCUGCAAGGUGUGUUAGUGUGUUUAGAGAGUUUCAUAUGCUUUAUUGGGCCCAUGCAUAUACUGCACACAUAACAUUUGAUAUGGUUGUAUCAAUACCGUGUAUUGCAGACUUUAAACUGGUGUAGCCAGUCUGGCGGUAGCUGUAUACUGCCACUGUGUUAAGGGGUUAUCGCUGACAUCAGUAACCCAACUAGUAGCUGAGAUAGUGUUUUUUGAAUAGCGGUUCAGCCGGUUAUAUUCUGCGUGACAGACGGCCCCACAGUGACCUUCAUGCCUAUGUGAACAGUUCGCAACUGAAAAUGACAGCAUGCUGUAAUUAGGCCUACUAUUUGAUUGUAAUUUUCUUGUUCACUGGUGUUCACCCCUCCUUUCAUCCUGAAAUCGUUGAGCUAGUUCCUCCAAGUGUGGUAGUCUGCAAUAGAACGAGCCUUGGAACCUCUUUUGAAUUAAAUAUAGGCCCUCAUGACCUACACGUAUGCCCUACUUCAUGACUGUAGUCUUGAUUGUGUACCAGAGAGAACUGGCGUAAACGAACUUUGACCUUGCAUGACAUCAUAUUUUGACUAAUCAGCACUGCCACAAACAAAACUUUAUUUCUCACAUCACGUCUGAUAUUAUUGCUUUAUAAAACAUCUAUAACUUAUUACACAGGAGCUGGGGGUGGGUGGGGGGGGGGCGACCAAGCUGUAGGGAGAGGAGGCUGGUUGUUGUCAUCUGUGAAACUUGUAUUGGUUUUUGAGCGUUGACAGGGCCUGCCGGUCACGCGGACUACGAAACACAUCGAUAUUUGUACAGUAAUGAGUCAGCUGAUUAAUUGCUAUCCUUGUCUGGGGAGAAAUGUGGAGGGAUGGGGUCGGUAUUGUUAUUACAAUGAGUGCUUGUUCCUGUUACCUGUUGGUAUGCGGCCCACAGAGUCGUGUGACCUUGGUUACCUAUUUUGUACAGGAACAACGUACAAAGAGAUAAUUGUUAAAUUGCCUUUUAAAGUUACACAAUGGUUGUGGCAAGAGAAAAGAACACAUAUUAAGAGCAAGUCACUGAUAUAGUUAUGUAUAAUAUGAGUUACCAUUAAUACUAUCAACCAUGACUUACUUUUAAGAGCUACAUAGUAAAACAGCAGGUAUAUAGAUGGCUUCAGACUGAAUAAUAACAUACAUAGUCUUUGUAGAGAUUUGUGAAAUUAAUGAUAGCAAAAAUUAUCAAGAAAAUUGUUUCUUGACAAUUGAAAUGGCUGCCACUCAGGUCGUGUGUUAUAAAUAUAAACCCUUUCAUGCUAUGACCGUAUACUUUUCAAUGACUGUUAUUUAUUAAAGUUCUUAAUGUAAUUAAUAGCAAAAGGUUGAAGAAUUAAAUUAUAAGGGUGGGAAAUUAGGGACAAAUUGAACAAAUCUUUGUUGUUUUUCAUUUCAAGCAUGACUUAAACACACACAGCAUAAGAAAACUCUAUUAUUUUUUGUGAGAUAAGAGUGACAUUUAUUGAGUAUAUUAUAUUAAUACUGAAUCCAAUCUUUUUAUUUCAGAUCGUGAGGAUCAGUCCAUUCUCUGCACGUACGUCUAAAUGAUUUUUUUAAAUGCAAUAUCUUUAUAUCCUUAAUUUACCAACCGUAGAUUGUUUCUUGUAUCUCGGCUCUGCACUGUAAUUCAAUGAGUUAAUCAGUUCUCCGCCUUGUGGUGUCUGCACUUUGUGUAUAACCAGGAGUGUCAUGGCUAGCGUACUUGGAGUCUUUUGGUAGUCAUACUUGAGGUACCUUGUGUGGUCUUGUUUUGGAAACAUGCUCUGAUGGUGCCUGCUGCAGUGACAGCACCUGUCUGCUAUAAUUGAGGCACCCUGGGGCCUGUCUAUUGCAGGGGCAUUGCUUACACACCCCUCAUCAUGGCAUGGAUGCCCUGUUAUUUCAAACAUAUCCUGGCACUGAGCUGCAUUUCUUCUGUGGCUGCCAUGAUAACUGUGAGGGUAAAAGCACAUUGUAUGUGCCCUCAUACUUCAAACUUGUCUAAUAAUAUGAAACUGGCUUCAUAUUUAUAUUGAAACAUCAAAAGAAAACAAAGUUUUUGCUAAGUAAGGAGACACUUCAUAAAACAGUGGUUAUCAACCUAUGGUCCUCGAAUGUCUCAUUGACUCAGUACUUGGGUAUGUUUCUGAUAAUUUACUUUGGUUUCAUUAAAAUUUAUUUUUUAAAUCUUAUUUUUUUUUUCACAGUUCUUUGACAUUACAAAUGUUGGUGCUAUUUUCAGUUUUUAAAUUUAAAAAAAUUUUAAAGAUCACAAAUGAAAGCUUUUGUUUUUUGUGCCUUUUUAUUAAAAUUGUAUUUUAUUAUUUUUUUAAAUAUUUUAAAUUAUUUAAAAAACAGUUUAAAAACAUUUAGUAACACUAGGUUAUAAAACUGAACCAUUUUCAUUUGCUUGUACUAAAUAGACACAGUCAAUAUGACAUGCUGAAUCCUUACAUCAACAUUAAGAAAUAUUAAAAAUACACUCAUAUUUAUUGUAGGGCAUGGUAUUUCUUUAAGUGCAACUCCAUACUUCACUAGAUCUACCAGAACAACAUAUUGAUCUACCCCAAAUUACAAGUCCACAUUUGCAAUUUGUAUAUAAACCAUUGAAUUAUUGGCUCUACAUUUGAAUUUAAAGGAAAUAGUUUGUAAAUAUUCAUUGUGUUUUAAUUAUUGCCUGGGAGAGGCUAAAAUUUACUUUUCUUUACCAAUUCGGAACCAUUAAAAUGUUAUUAUCAGUUAGUAGUGUCUAUAUAUAUAUAUGAACAUUAAAACAGUUGUUUUGUCAAAUUAUUGGGUUCCCUCGCAAAUAUUUAUAAAUGCAAAUAAUAGAUGUCAAGUUACUUAUUGAAAUUCGUAUUUAUCCCAAAGAUACAUUUCUUAAUAUAUUUUGAUUUUGCAUUUGGACAGCAAGGUAUAAAUCUUGUUAUCUGACCAAUUCUACCAUAAAUCUUGCAAUAUAUCUGAAGAUUUGAUGUUUUAUAAAAAAACAAAAAAACUUAUUCCGUUUGUCCAAGCUCUGCAUUUUGUUUUCAUGCUGUUACAUGUUUGGUCAUUACUAGAUUGUUAUACUUUUUUUAAUGAGCAAAAAGUGUUUCAUCACAUAACUUGACAAGCAUUCACUAUCAGAAUUACAUUACAUUGAUUUGUUUAACCUAUGAUGUAUUUAGGAUUAUUAAAUUGUCUCUUAGGGUCGUGACAUGGUAUUUAAAUGAAAUAAGUGAGCAGAGGUCAUAUAUUACUUUGCUACGUGUGACAUUUUUCUUUCAUGAGUAAUAUGCUGCAGUCCUAAUAUGGUCCUAAUAUGGCAAAGGCUUCGUAGCAAAGAGUGGUCUAGUGUGCAUGUUAUUUACUUAAAUUAGACAUUUAUAUGCAGGUGACUCAUUUACUUGCAACAGGUGUGCAAUGCAACAUCAAAGUAAUUUUAGCAUAGUUAUAGUUUGUUAUUUAGAAGGGACGAGUUAUUUAAACAAUAUGGAGUUAUUGCUUUCGAAAUCUGUAACACUUUUAUUUUAGCGUUAUAGUAGCUUAAAACCAAUGCCAGGAAGCCCUUGUAUUGUUUAAAAUACAUGGCCGAAUGUUAUUUCAACACUAAUAGCUUGAUAAAAGAGAAAUAGAAAAUGCUCAUUAUAUUUCUAGAUCUUUAUUAUGAUCAAUGUGUUUAAGUCAUAGGCUGUGGUUACCUGGAACCUUUAGGAAAAAGCAUUUAUUAAAUAAGGUUGUAAGAAGAUUAUUACAAUAGGAAUGAGAUUUAAAGUAAUUUUUUACAUACUUCUAAUAGCAUGCGUUUAAAAUUAGCAAAUAACAAACUGAAACUGUCUUCCUCUCACUCAGCUUAAGGUUUUGGUUAGAGGGGCAGUGGUUCUCAAUGUGACCUACUGGUGAUGCACUUUGCAGCAGGGAUCCAGUGGCUAAUUUAUCUGUUUUUCUACUUAUAUCUUAAAUUAUUUUUGACAUUUUUGAUGUGUUGUGACUAGAGGCUCGCGGAGCACCACUUUAAGGAGGCAAUUUACCCUUUAGGCUAAACUUAUGCUAUUAAACCAGCAUACAAGGAAAAUUCCGCUGCUUUUAAAUACUUCCUAUCUUGGUUUAUUUUCCAAAAGUCAUAUUUACGUAUAUUUCAAAUAUAUCCUUAUACAAGAAAUGUUUGAAAAUUUGAAACAGUGGUUAACAUGAAACUAUGUCAAUAUUCUUGUUCAAAAUUUUUUACAAAAUAAUAAAUUUGGCAUGCUAAUUUGGUAUUUUGGAAGUACUGCAUCAUAGAAUAUUAUUUAAACAGAUUGAGUUCAGAAUUUAAAUAGAUGGGAAACAUAAAUUAUAUGGGAAUUGAUUCUAGUUAUUUAGAAGCAUUUAGUAAAAACUAAGUCUUAUUAAUUUUAGCCUAUUAGUAUCAUGACUGGGUUGGUAAAGAUUAUUGUUGUUUGAUUUGUUUUGCUAUAAGACUAUUUUCCCCUCAGUGGUGAAUCUGGUGCUGGUAAAACAGAAAACACAAAAAAAGUCAUCCAGUACUUGGCUUUUGUGGCUGCCUCCAAUAGGACCAACCGUCAGUCUGUUAGCUCAGCCCACCUUCAGGUAUGGGGAGAAAACUUCUAUUACAUUAAUUAUUUUAAGGGUUAAUAGAAGAAAACUAACAAAUCCAACAUACAUUUAUUUCUUUUACUCUUGUCCAGUCAUACACUGGUGAUGCAUAUCCUAAAUAUGUUAAUUAGUAGAAAUGUUGAAAAAUUCGGCUAGGUUAAAAUCCAAAAGGGAGCUCAAAAUUUGUCUAGAAUCAGGCAAUAGAAAGCCAAACACAAUGUAAAAUACAUCCCCCUGAACUUAGUGAAAUUUAUGCAUUUAAAAAAAAAGUUUUCAAAUGUGACGUAAAAUAGCUAAAUUUCCAAUUUUAUUUAAAUAUAUACAAAAUAAUUAUUUAGAUUGUUAAUUUAAAUAUUCUGCAUGCCAGCUGUUGUAUGGAUUUGAACAAUCUCAUCCUAAUCUACAAUGUUAUUCUAUUGAUGACUCAGCAGUAUGCAGUAUAUUUAUGUUCUUUAUGACAGAAAUGAACUUAAAGCUCCAGUGCUAUCCAUAUUACUAAUGGGAACAUGAGCUGUUGUUUGCCUGUCUAAAAAUAUCUCUCAAUCAACUAUUAGCAUGUCUUGAACAUGAAUGCAUGAUUUCAUAGAUGAACUCCUGAUGAUCUAAUUUUGAGAAAGAAUAGGUUUCAUACAACUGCAUAGUUGUUAAGUAACCGUAGUUCAAGUGCAACUGAUUUGGCUUUAUGAUACAUUAAGUGAAAAACCUUAAUACAUGUACAUAUUUAUUUCUCUCAACUUAAAACAACCAGUUUUGCCGUAUUUUUUUUCUUCUUACAUUUAUUUCUAACAUUUCUUAUUUUUGGUUCAAUGGCUUUUUAAAAAUAGUUUUAACCCAUGCAUUUAGAGAAAAUUUAGUGCUUUGUAGAUCAUGUAAUUUUUUUAUACAGUUUUUCAUACAUAUAUUACAAAAUAUAAUGGCCAUUCUACAUUUCUUUCAUGAAACUCACCUGUCAGGAAGGAGGGAAACUUGUUGUUGAUGCCAGUUUGAAACAGGUACCCACCCACCUUUGUCCCCUAUUACACAGCCCCAGCAUCUUUGUCCCCCAUCAACUGUUCACCAUUCCUCUUCUUGUACACAUCGGGGCAAACUUAUAGAUCUAAACAUUUUUGUGAACCCACUCCUUACUCACUGCUCGGAACUCUGUCUCAAUUUUUUUAUAAUUUGAAAACCUGUAUCAAUUUUGGUUGAUUUUACCACCUGUCAGAUUUGUUUACUGGAGUAGCUGUAUACAUUUCUUCUGUGUUGUUUAUACGAAGAGGCCAAUAAUUUAGAUCAGAAUACUGAGCAUAAUCAGUGUCUUAAAUGAACUUUUUAAAAAUGUUGACAUUAUUUUAGUCCAUUUCCACUCUAGUUUUAAUGAAGUACGUUCUCAUCUAGAUAAAGUAGUUAGAUUUCAGGAUAAAGUGGGGAAAUUUCCAGAUAGCGUCAUGAGGUUUCCAGAUAGGGUCUUAAGCUCUGCACAGAAGUUUGAAACGUGAAUUGUUUUACAUUUUAUAUGUAUGCAACAGAACUUUCUGCUGAGAUGGACAAUGCUGCUAAUUUUCUCCUUUCUUAUCCCAUGGAUAAGAUGAUAAAGACAACUGGAAAGAAACCAAAUUGAAUUAAUAGGAAUCCUACCAGAAAGUUUUAAGAUUGAUGACAUGCUCAAUGAAUGCACAAUCACAAUCCAAAGACAACACAAACAUUUUCCAGCUGGGAUUGAACUUAAAUUGCAGUAAAAUCUAAAGGAUAACAAGAGAGGUAGCUUGUGAAGAUCUUUUACUUCAGAUGUUUUCCCUUGCAUCGCAAACUUGCGAAACAUUUUUGAACCUCGGCGUCACACAGAAAACUCCUGACCUAUAUAAUUGAAAGUUAAAAUUAUAUCUUCAGAUUUAGAGGAGCUGCUGAAAUUUAUAUCUCCGUUAAGGAUUUUAAACAGGGUACAACAAUACAGACAUUUUAUAUCUAUUUUUAAAAAUUCAACCAUUCUCAAUAAGUAAAAUCAAAUUAAAAAAAAAGAUUAAGUUGAAUAAUUGAACCAAUCAAUGCAAACUAAAAAAAAAAAUAUGAAGGGUAUCACUCUAACUAAAAUGAUUACAAGAAAGUGGUCAUGUGCACCAUUAAUGUGAUAUACCGGCAUUAGAAAGCAGAAGACUUUGAUUACUCAACGAUUUCUAUACUUUACUCUUAAGUGGAUUUGUGCCUUAAUGUAGGCUUUUAUGGGUUAAUUUAGGCUUAUGUACUUCAUUUGAUCUCCUGAGGUCAACAUUAUAGAUUAGAUAAAACUAAUGAAUGUCUGAGAGCUAAAUAGCUGGUUCAUGAAGUCAUCACUAAGAUUACCAUUUUCUAGUAGCUUAGCAUAUUUUUAGAAUAUUUUUUUAAAAGAUUUUUUUUAAUAGGAAAUCUCAUUGCCUGCUACAUAUUUUGAAUAUAACCUGUAAAUGAAGGGCAUAGUCUGCAAUCAAAUAUGUCUGGCUAGUUCCUUGAUGUGCUUCCUCAUUCCAUUCUUAACCAUACUUGAUUUGUCUAUAAGGUCAUACUUUUGCCUCUUAAAUUAGUGUGUAAUAAGCAGUGCUGUCCAACUUCUAGUUAGCUAUGGUCCUUAUUUUUUAUUCUUUUAAAAAGCUCCAUUUGUCUGCAGCAAUUUUAACUGUUUAGGUAAAUGACAAAUUUUACUGAAGAGCUGAUAAGUCUUAAUAAGUAAUAUAAUAUAGGGACAGAUAGUAAGUUUUACACCAUUUAAUUACAUUUUUUAAAACUGACAGUUUGAACAGCCCUUUGAUAGAGUGAUGCUAAUUCUAUCUAAAUUUUCCUGUUAUAUGUAUAUAUAUAUAUAUAUGUGUGUGUGUGUGUGCAUGUUGUGAAACCUUAUUUAAAUAUACUAGAGAAUAUAUUUUUGCUUUUGAUUUUUUGUGGCUUAUUUGUCUCUCUUUAACUACUUUGGGUUGGUCUAAAAAAUCACUACUUUGGGCUGGUCUUGAAAUUACAUUUAAAACUGUUCUCUUUGACAACUAAUGUAAGAUUUGUAGGCUUUAUACAAAAUAAUUUGGGGGCUUUAUUUUGUAUAUUUUCCAAUUUCAUUCUUUGGCUUCUUUAAUUAUACUUAUUUGGCUUCUUUUAGUAUUGUAGAAAAUUAGUCAUGCUGCAUGUGUACAUGUGUUAAACAAAAUAUUUAACCAGCUAUGGUGCCUGAGAUAAAAAGUUAAAAUUGAUUAACAAAAUCUUGUUGACAUUAGCUGGAAUUUCAAGGCAUCUAUGCAAGCUAGAUUAUGGCAUUUAAACAAUUUUAGCUAUGUUUGCUAGUUUUAUAGAAUUUAAAUAGUUUUAAUGAAAAACAAUGACACUGAGACAGCUAAAUCUUGCUCUACAAUAAAUCAACGUUGAAAUGUAGAAGCAUGUAUGCCACUGAAAUUGUUCUUUCUUCUCUCCCUUGUUUUGUGUGUGGAUCCUACCCAUCUUCCUAGAACAAGGAUUUCAAUCUUGUAAGUACAGUCACCUGCCAUUAUAUCACAUUUAAAAUUUCAUCAAACCCAUCUUCUCAUAGAACAGUCAUACUACCAUUAUAUCAAUCCUUAUUCAGUUUUGCAUUUUUGUCAGAAGGACAUGCAUUUAAUAUAGAUAAUUUAAAUAAUGGUUCUAAUAAGAAGUUUAAGUAAAUAUUUUUGUCAAACUUGCCUUAUAGCUGAAUGUUGUAUAUGCGUAGAUGUUGUACUAAUUGUUUGAUGUUGUUAUCAACUGAUUUAUAAAUAUUUUUGACAUAUUAUAAACUUUUCAGUUUUUAUUUUGUUGAAACUAAGUUUUAGUACAUCACUUUUAAAAAAUUAACCCUAAAUAAUUUCAACAAAGUAAAGUGUUGUUUUUUUCCUGAGUGUGUAAAUAUAUUUAUGCACAAAAGUUGAUGUCUGGAAAUAAAUUGCAAUACCACAAUUCUUUUUUCUAAAAGGCAGAUGAAAAAAUAAUUUUGUCAAAUUUAUUUUUUGAGAAGGAAAAUUUUUUUGCAUGGAAAGUGUCAAUAUUUGCUCAGCAAAUUUUCUCUUUUUCUAUCAUCUGUCACACUGAAUCUUCCUUGAUUUGUUUGUGAUUAUGACUAAGGAGAAUGCAUUUUGUUUGCAAAUUUUAUCCUAAAAGUUAUUUCAGUUUGUUUUUAUUACAUACACAUCAUUUGGCCUUCUAUUACAUUCACAUCCCUCUGCAGAAUCACCUAUCCCUGAUAUUAUUAUUAAUAAAUGACACAUGUUCUGCUGCAGGGGGAGUUAGAGAACCAGCUCCUACAAGCCAACCCUAUUUUGGAGGCUUUUGGCAAUGCCAAGACUAUCAAGAAUGACAACUCUUCCAGAUUUGUAAGUCAUCAGCACAUUUAUUAAAAACGCAAUCCAGAAUACAAAUUUAGAUAAAUUAUUCUACUUAGAGUAAGGAAGUUACCUCUUGGUAAUACAGAUUUUGAACUGUAAAAUCAUUCAUAAUUAAAGUAAAUAGAAUUUAAACACAAAUAAGACUACACAUCUAACAUAUGCAUUCGAUUCAUAAAAUUGUAAAUGAUGUGCUUUUUUUAAGCAUAUGGAUUUCAUCAUUGAUUUCAUAAUUUCAUGAUAUUCUUUUAUCCAGGGUAAAUUUAUCCGCAUCAAUUUUGAUUCAUCAGGCUACAUAUCAGGAGCAAACAUUGAAACAUGUAUCCUUUGUUGUAGUUUGGUUUUAUUUUAUAAAUGGAAAACAAAAUUCUCUAAAAAUAUUUUCAUUAGAGCAAAUUCAUUUUUUAAAAGUUCAUUGCCAUGAUUUUACAAUUUUAAAAAAAAAGUGUUGAAAAGAUUUUCUUUGAAAUUGUAAUAUUUAAUGGCUGGAUCAAAGCCCUCAAGGUUAUGAGAAUCACUGUGUUAGUGUGAACGCUCUUUGGUCAAUGAGUGGCGUCAUGAGUUUGUAGUAUUAUGGCUAAUUAUGAUUGGAUGAAAGGACAAGCAUAAUAAACAAGUUUGUGAGAAUAUAAGGUUUGUGCUAGUGUUACAGUUGUGGCUUAAUUACAUUCCAAUACUUCCGAUUUAUUAAUAAGAUGAACUGCUAUAAAAGCACAAGAUAAGUCAGUAGGUUUCAUCAAAGUCCAUAGGUUUCAUCACCAUUAUAACUUGACAUGAAUUCACAAUAUAAAAUAAGAUAUCCAAUAGAAUAAAAAAAAUCGCCAUGAUCUCACCUAGUACAUAAUCCAAACAGAUGAGCGAUAGUUGUUCUGAUUCAAUAGGAUGUAACUUAGAACAAUUCUAUAUAUGAUACUAGUGCACGUCCAUCUUGAUGAUUCAAAUUUCUCUCUCACAGUCCGUUCCCCCCCUCUCUGUGAAUGACAUUCAAAACUUUAUCUUAAUACAGAAAAUAACGAAACAUGAAUUACAAGGGUAUUUCCCAAGACGUGUGUUGAGGGUGGUCAGUAGGAAUAGUUCACAUUGGGUUGACAUUAGUGCCCCAGAAGUGUGAUUAAUCUCGUACAUCAGGGUUGAAAAUCCUUUUACUGAUGUUACAGUUGGCCAGAAGCUCUCAUCAGUGUGUGAUGGGAGUGGACUGUGUUCCCAUGUAUGAAAUGGUUUGGUGAUACAUCUAUGAAAAUUAUCAAGAUUGUAUUUUAUUAAGAAAUUCUGUCGUUUGUGUUCACAAGUGUUGGCAUGAUUCUUGUGAUGCAAGUGUUGUAACAAUUUUAUUUGACCCCAGACAAUGAUGCCAAAAUAAUAAGUAAUAGUGAAAAUAGAUCAGUCAAGAGGUUCCAGAGAAAUUGACAUUUUGACAGGCUGCAAUUUAUAAAUUACCCAAUCCUUUGAAAGAGGGUUAAUUUUAUCAAUUUCAAAUAGGUUUUUAGUGUAAAUUUUGUGAGACAUGCAACCUUAACCAGAAAAAGAUCUGCUUGAGAAGUCCAGAUCUGUCCGUCAAGCUGAAAGUGAGAGAUCUUUCCACAUUUUCUACCAAUUUUUACAUGGAGCUAGUCCUCAACAAAGACGUAAGUAACAUCUUUACCUUUGUUUAAAAAUUAUCUGCCUUGGUUUUUAGAUACGAUUAACCUCAUAUUUUUUAUCGUGUAAUUCUUUUUUUUAUUAUUAAUUAGCUAAUUGGUUUAUUAAUACUAAUUCUUUAAGGGGAAAAUAAAAUUUGAUUGACUAAAUUUAUUAUUUUUUAAGAUGAAAAAGAAGUGUUAAACCUUCCACACAAAAACAAGGUUUAAGUGUUUCAUAAUGGUCAACAAAAGAAACACAAUUUCUUUAAAAAAAAAAAAAUCUUAAGAUUAAAUAUUUUGUAAAGUUAAUAAAGGAUUAUCUCUGUUAAAAACUGGAUUUUCUUCAUUUACAUUUUUUGCGGCAAGAUAAAUAAACUGUUCCAUUUCUUCAACAUUUUAAAUUAAAUUUUAACAAUGGUGUGCUUUUAUAUCAAAGCUAAUAUUUUUUUGCAUAAUGUAGAUAUUUUCAUAUCCAAUAAACUGAGUCUAAAAAAUUAGUCAUACUAGCUUCAUCAGGCUAUAGACAGCAGAAAAUUACAAUUUAUUUAUAAAUAGGUAGUUAAACUUUUGCAGUACUUUUUUUUCUUCUCACCCCCAACAAUUGAGCCAAAAUGAGAGUGAAAUAGGGCCACACUUAGAGUGAAUGGUGUUUCAACAUUUCAUACAGAUUGAUUAGAUCAAGCAUUGAUGACAAUUUAUUUUUUCCAGAGGAAUUUUUACUGGAGGAUUGGGGCAAGUACUCUUACAUGACCUUUGGAAAAAUCCUUGUGCCAGGAGUGGAUGAUGCUGCAGAGUUCAAGAACUUGAUUGAUUCAAUGGGCAUCAUGGGCAUCUCGCCAGACAACCAGGCUGGUAAGUCACUGAUUCCAUCUCAUGUAAGGUAAAUCAGUAUUUCCUUGUGGAAAUAAUUCAUUAUUAAGUUUAUAAUGAAUUUAACAUGUUAGAUCUUAGCUGUUCAUUCUAUCUUAUCUUUGUGUCUACAGCUGUUUUCCGCACUGUUUCCGCUGUUCUUCUUUUGGGCAAUAUGCAGUUCAAGCAAGACAGGAAUUCUGAUCAAGCAACAUUGCCAGACAACACAGGUAAAUAUUCAAAUGUUUUCUCAUUCUAGCUUGUUUUAGUUCUUGAAAGAAGUCUUGGCCUGGCAAUUUCUCAAGGACCUAAGAAAAGGAUGGGGAAAAAAUCAAAAUGAUAAAAAACAAAUUUGAGCCCAAGAUUUUAAAAUAAAUAAAAUUUUCUCAAAAAAUCUCAAUAAUUUUUAUUCUGAAACUUAACUAAUUCUUAUGGUGACAUCAUGAUAGUGAAUGAUCAUCAGAAAGGUAGGCAUAGCAAAAAUGUAAAAUAUUUUUACUGUUCUGUUCUUCUCUGGUGGGAUGGAGUUGCUCGAAUUCAGUUUUAAGUACAGGACACCAUAAAAACCUGGUUUAUCUCUUGGUACAAGUUACAUUACUGCUCUUGCUUUAGACGUUUGGUCUUGUUUUCCCCGCAAAUCUGGCUUUAUCAUUUCUUAUUGUUUAACAUGUCUAGAAAUUAUCUCAAGUUUAUACCCUUAUUCCUUUGUGUUCCCAUAGUUGCCCAGAAAGCGUGUCACUUGUUAGGUGUCCCUGUGACAGCACUCACACAAGCAUUCCUUAAGCCCAAGAUCAAGGUCGGCAGAGAUUUUGUCACUAAAGCUCAGACUAAAGCACAGGUUUGUAAAUAUACUUUUAAACUGAUUUUAUGAUGUUAAUUCUUGUAAUGAAAUGUUCAAGUCCUGUAUUUGCUAUUACGCCUAUUACUUUUAACUAUUUCUCUCCAGAAUUAAUUUCUGCGUUCUUACCAAUUAUCUAUUUUGCAUAUUUGUUAGGCACUACUAUGCUAUCUCUAAACCAUCAUAACUUUUUUUGUUUUUCAUCAGAAAAUGUUAAGUUUGGUAUGGAAUUAAUGGGGAAUGGUAUGCCCUUUACAAACAAACCAGACUUGGGUUUAAAUUUUAAUAUAUAAAUGUGAUUAUCAUUUAAGGAUAAACAUUUUAAAUUAAAAAACUCACCAACUGUUCACAGAACGCUCAUUCCAAGCCACACAAAGAGAAAUAUAUAAUCCGAAGUAUAACAAAAAUGUUUUUUUUCUGAACUAUAUUCAUAUGUGCAUCAAAAAAUAAUAAAGAUCAACUUAAAAAAAAUUUUUUUUUAAAUUAACACCUGAGCACAUUAUCCAUUGUCACCGCCACACAAAAAAAUUCAGAAAAAAAUUUAACUAUUUUCACUGGAAACAAUCUAUUGAUAAAUAUUUGCACUGUAUCCUCGUAAGUAUUAACAUUUAUUAUGAUGAGAUGGAAAAUUUACCAUAAAUUUGUCAUAUCUUUUCAUCUGGGUUUAGCUCUGGUAAGCCUAAAAAAAAAUCCAUAUGGAUGUGCACUUUAGCUGGGGGCGGGGCUGGUUGUUCAUCCGCUGAUAAAUUACGAAUUUCAUUAUUUUUUUCACUAGUGCUACUAAGACUAGUGAUUAUAAUUAUACGAUUCAUAGAAUCAGCCUCUGCAUCUGAAAUCAUAAAAUUGCUGUCUGAAUCAUCAUAGAGUAAUAUUUUCAACCUUUAUUAAAUUGAUCACCAGAUGGGUCAGGUAAAGAUUUCAUGUCUGUAAACAAAAAUAAAAUGGACAAUCAAAACAACCGCUGCAAUCACUUCCUUCUAUGUAAAAACUCGUUCAAAUAAAGAAAAACCGCAUGUUUAUCCAAGGGAAAUCAUUCUAGAUUUGAUUUAAGAAAAUUAAAAGCCAAUAGCUAAGGAAAGAACCGAAAUAAACAGGUUUUUAUACAUCGACAAUCCCAUCGUCGAUAAGCCAAAAUCUUCAUUUCAAAUCGACGAUAAGAGCCUUUUUACGGAGAGAAAGAGUUAAAAACUUUUAAAUAAAUAAUACAUUUUUUACAUGCAAUAUCUUUAAAACGUUACAAUACUCAUUUAUAACAUAAAUACUUUCCAAUGCUGAUAAAUAUAAUGCCACCAUUAAAAAAAUAUUGUUUAAUUAAAGGUACGGUAGCAAAGGGGGGAUACCACAUUCCUUACUUUCUGCCCUACUCUAUCACUCCCCUUUUAUUAUUAGUGCUUUCAAUACUGGAUAAAUUCAAGUUUGAUAGUUCAUGAAUUGCUUCGCACCUGCAGGUUGAGUUUGCUGUAGAGGCUAUUUCCAAAGCUCUGUAUGAACGUUUGUUCAAAUGGAUUGUGACACGCAUCAACAAAUCUCUGGACCGUACAAAAAGACAAGGAGCCAGUUUCAUCGGAAUUCUCGAUAUUGCCGGCUUUGAGAUCUUUAAGGUAUGUCCUUAGGAAGGAUAGAAGUAUUUCAAUGUUACUAUUUCUUUGCCUUAUUUAUUUUGAAAAUGAAGACCUUAGUACAUAAGUCACAAAAUGCCCAUUUUAAGAUAUCCAGUUCAAACAUUCUUUUUGUUUAUAAAAUUUGAACAUUCUUAAUUUUUGGCUUUUUUAAAUAAAGGUUUUGGGUACAUUUUAAUGUGUUCAAAUUUAUGCAGGUUUCAGUUUAGAUUGAUUUUGACAUAAAUAAAUGUGGAAAUUUGUGGCUUAAGUACUAACUUGGGUCCUCAAAUUAUGAUUAUUGAAUAGCUUUAGAACCCUCUUUGAAAAUUCUACAAAAUUCUCCAUUAUUUUUCUCCAAUGUUUGAUAAGCUCAAGAAAAUUAUUUUUGUUUGAUAAGAGAUAAAGCUAAUUACUAGUAUUUUAAACUUGUCCUCUCCCACCCCAGACAAAGGAUAAGGUAACUUUGAUGUCAACCAUGUUUUUUGGAGUUGGAAUGCCAUGUCCUUUUAACUCAACUGACAUUACAGUGUGUUUAUCACUUUGUAGUGAGCAUGCUUAAUGCACAAUGUUGUGGCGCCACUACUGACCCUGGUUAAGUCAUCCUACCAUUCCUAGUCUAGUUGUCAGUGACAUCAAUGCGUAAAGCAUGAGACCAUCUCAAAUGACUUAAUUGUCAUCGUGUGUUGUAAUGUUAAGUAAAAGUCAGCAGUUUUAGGAAAUAGAUAAGUGCUGAUUUUAAUUUUUAAAAAUUAUGUUUUAUUAAAUAAGUGUGAAAUCAUGUUUUAAAAAUAGCAAAGCUAUUGAUUCCUGUAUUAAUUAGCUGCAAAGUUGUCUCCCAUUAUGUGACAAAACUAGUCCGACUAAUUUUUGUCUCAUAUCCAAACAUCCUUAUAUAUCAUCAUAAUAAUUGUAUAUUGCACCAACUCUUUGUGAAGUCCGCCAUUUCUCACCAUCUUCCCUUUGGUCACAAAUGCGUACAUUCCACAUCAAAAAACUUUUCGUUAUCUUAUAAUCUUUAGCCUAGGGAUGGUUCCAAAAGAUGGAAGGCGGUGAGGAAAUGUAAUUGAGAAAUUUUGUAUUGUUUGGUUUCUUUUAGAUGCCAUUAAGAUAUUAGUUUUGAAAUGAUUCCAUUUUGUUUUUUCUUUGAAAGGCAAACAUUCCGUUAGUCUUAAGUAUUUUGUUACUCACCAAGCUAGUCUUGAAAAUUUUUACUUAACAAGAUAGUCUUGAAAGUUGAUACUUAACAAGAUGGUCUUGAAAGCUCCAUGUGAGAAUGUGCUUUCAAAUGUUCUAUUGAAUCUGUUGUUGCAUGUUUUUUUUUUAUUCUGGUUAUUGUCGUUGAUUUAACUUCUCAUCAUAUAGGCCAUUCCUAAACCGUUUACCAAAGUUAAAUUAUGUUAGUUGAUUCAUUGCUGAAUAAAGGGUUUAACAAUUAAAUAAUAGAAAAAUACAUUUUGACUAAAUCGAGAGAAAUGUCAAGCAUCAAAGUGACAAAAAGAAAAGGUACAUUUUAAUGAUAUUUUGUAAAUAAAUUUGUGUACAAAAGACUUCUUUUUUGCAAACCAAAAAGGGCCUAGGUCAGUGGUGGCCAACCAGCAGACUCCCAACAGCCCACUACAUCAAAUAUAAAUUCAGUCGGAUGAAUGAUUUAUCACCAAAAAACACAACUAAUUUGACAGAAAAAUUGAUUUUAAAAAGAUAAAUGAAAGGAAAGAUUAAAUUAUAUCACAUUCGUUUCGUUUUAUUCAGUUUGUUAUUUAGCAUUUCAUUAUGCGCAUUAUUGCAAAAAACACUACUGGUCAUCAACUGCCAACCUAGCCUAUUUCGCAUUGGUCUUGACCAAGUCUUGCAAUGGGACAAAAUAAAAGACGAGAGAGCGAAGCUGACAAAAGGGCCACUCUCCUGGACUUAAACUUAAAACAAAAUACAGUGCAAGUCAAGGCUACUGCUUAACUCGAAUACAGCCUUGGUCAUCUUCUCAUGCAAAGGACGAACAUUAUAUGCAUUAAGAAUAGAUAAACAUUAUUAAACGGCAUUUAGUGGAUUUAAAGAAAAAAAAUUAUUUAAUAUGAGGUAUGCCACCCACCAGCAGUCUGUUAUGAAAGUAGCCUUUGAGUUGGCCACCCCUGUUCUAGAUUUUUUAAAAACUAUUAACUGCCCCCAACAAUUGAAAAGUUCUUUAGUAAUAUUUUUGUACAUCAAGUACCAAUUGGAUUUUCUUUUUGUCUAAAUUUUGUUUUUUAUCCACAUUUUAUAAUUUUAAGAUGGAAGUUAAAGUAGGAAAUAUUUUAAAAAUUUCUCUUCAUAAUCAAUUAGAUUAUAAAUAAUUUAAUGAAAUGUCCAACCUUAUAUGUCCGUAGGUGGAAAUUUACCAAAGCCUAUCUAUACAACUUAACUUUAAAAAAAAAUAAUCUGUCAAAAAAAUCUGCAUUCCACUAAAAAUCAUAGAUUCUCUGUGUGAGACUUCAUGUUAAAAAUAGAAACAAUAAUCUAAUGAUACUUCAUCAAAUAGAAUAUCCAUCAAAUAGAAUGGCAAGUUCAAAUAAAAAAUAUCAAAUAUUUGUUGCUUUUGAACUAUGAGGACUGUAAAGAGUUGACAUCAAUUCAUUUUAAAAAUUGAAUUUCUACUAAAAUAAGAAAUUUAGUGUAUUAAAGGGAAAAUAGUGAAAGCCAAGUUUGAAUGUAUGAGUUACAAAAUGAUCAAGUUCUUCUAUUUUUUUGUUAUAGAUUUAAAAGAAGAUCUUUGUUUAUUGGUAUUCUUGAAGCUUGAAUGAGUAAUAUAUUGGGAAGUGGAGUAUGUGAAUGCAUUGUUUAUUAAAAGCAGUGAUUCAAAAAUAAAGUGUGUACAUGUCUAGAAAUGUCUGUGGUAACGUGAGCAAUCAGCAUAUACAAAUAAAGCCUUUGUUUCUUGUCUGGUUAAAUCGGCUGUUUAAUCACUCUUCAAAUUUUUGACAUAAUAGCUGAAUUGCAAAAUCUCUUUUGGAUUACUGAAUAGUGUUAUUACUAUAGGGUGCCUAAAGUAUUUUACAUGCUUUUUUUUUUCACUCCUAAGGGAUAUUUUAUUUUUAUUUAAAAUCCAUACACUUUGUGACUAGUUUGGUUGAGAGGUAUAAUAAAAAAAAAACUGUUUGAUUAAACCAUAAUAAAAAGUUCUCAAUAGUGCCAUUUAUUUUGAUCAGAUUUUACAAGAAGCAUGCCAUAUAUGCCAAUUUUGUCUUGUUUCAGAUGAACUCAUUUGAACAACUUUGCAUCAACUACACUAAUGAGAAACUUCAGCAACUGUUCAAUCACACCAUGUUCAUCCUUGAACAAGAGGAGUAUCAGAGGGAAGGCAUUGAAUGGAAGUUCAUUGACUUUGGACUUGACUUGCAACCUACAAUAGACCUGUUAGAGAAGGUUGGUUUUAUCUAGAGAAGGUUGGUUUUAUCUGACACUAAGUCUGUUAUCUAUAUUAUCCAAUAUUAUGAAACAUAAUAUCCUUCCCUGUUAACAAGUCUACAAUAUUCAAUUAUCUUUUUACUAGCCAGAAGGUAAGCUUACCUCACUUUAUGGCCUCAUUACUGAAGAGGCAGAUUGUACAGGCUCACCAGCCCUUCUUUUCAUAGUCUCCACCCCUCCCCCCUAAAAUCCCCAUCCCCCAUCUCCUUAGGAGGGAUCCAAUUAAUGUCUUUAAAUUUUUUUAGUAUCCAGAUCCCCAAAAUAGUAAUAAGCAUUGUAAAAUAAAGUCAGAUUGUUUAAGAGCCCAAGAAGAAGUAUUACAAGAGAAUGACAUAACACCAGAGGGAUAUGAGCAAGAUGAGAAAUGUUCAAAAUGCAUGUCUAAAAGUGAUGCUCACUAGGUAUAAUAAAUAUAAUUUUUAUUGUUCUAGAUGAAAUAUAUUUCAUCAGACUUAUUUUAAGUUUGUCUUUUUGCCAACAGCCUAUGGGAAUCCUUGCUCUUUUAGAUGAAGAGUGUGUAUUUCCUAAGGCCACUGACAAGACUUUUGUGGAAAAGCUUCUCGCUCAGCACACCAGUCAUCCCAAAUUCCAGAAACCAGAUUUCAGAGCAGAUGCAGACUUCAGUCUCAUUCACUAUGCUGACAAAGUAAGUCCAUGGCUCAGAUUGAAAUUGAUUUAAAUCAAUUUAAACACUGUUAAUUCUUCCACUUAUUAUUUAAAAGCCUCAAGUGUUUUAUGAUUAUUAAAAAGUUAUUAGUAUAGUUAAUUUUUAAAUAAAAUAUAGUGUUUUAAAAGGGGUGGGAGUGGGGUUUGAUGAACAUGAACAUAAAACUUAUAAAUUUAAUUAAAUUUUUUUUUUUUAAAUUUAAUUUAAUUUUUAAAAAAUUUUAAAAAUUAAAUUCUCUUUCAAAAAAUAUAAAAUUAUGAAUGCCUAAAUUUGGUCAGUAGGUUGAAAAAGGGAAAGGGUAACCCAUUAGAUUUGAAAUACUGUUCAUAAGUCAUGGAAAAUUCCGAUCCCAAUUUCUGUUGUUUUUUUUUUUUUGUCUAAUAUAUUGGAGGGGAAGAAAAUGUGUUUCAAGAAGGUAGGGUUAACAAAUAAAAUUAUCUGUUGGCUAUAUUUUCUUAUCGAGUAUUGUUGUAACUUAGACUAAGGUUUAAUAUGUUCAAUUAAUUAAGACAUGGUCCCAUCCUUUGUUUUGUUUGCUUAUUGUCCUCUUUAAAAAAAAUUGUAAUUUGGUGUGCAAAAAAAUUGGUUUUUCCCAUUUUUACUCUGAAAUGAACUAUAAUUAAAGUUUCCAACAGGAUGUGACAUCAGUUAGUGGUUAGAAAUGGGUUGGGGAGGGUACUGACAUUAGAUUUCCAUUUGAACAGUUUCAUGAAGACCGAAUAUCAACAAGUGUAAAAUGUAAUUAAAAAAUGUAAGGGUGAACUUGCUGGGCAGGUUCAGGGUAAUUGGGAUUCAUUAUGGGCCCUGCCAUGUCGCUGCCUCUAGUUUCUUUUGGGAAACGAAAGGAGCACAUGAGCAACAUGGGUAUGGCUGCUCUGUGCUUCACCUGGUUACCUGUUAUAGGUGUGCCAGACUCAGGAGAGGUAUGUUCCCACUAUUUGUAGCUCCCAUUAUUUUUUUAAUAGUCUUUUUAUACUAACAUUUUAUCAUUAUAGUGUUUAAAAGGCUUUAUUUUAAUUAAGUUUAUUUCAUAGCAAGGCUAUUGGGGUUAUUAUCCAAACUGAAAUAUUCAUAGCAUUUUUUUUUAAAUUGUGAAUUGUUUAGUUUAAAAAAUGCAUUUUUGUGGGUUUAAACCAAGACAAAAAUUUUUUUUCCUCAGGUUGAUUAUUCAGCGGACCAGUGGUUGAUGAAGAACAUGGACCCCCUCAAUGAGAAUGUAGUGUCUAUUCUGUCAACAUCCUCAGAUCCUUUCUUUGUUAAUAUGUGGAAAGAUGGUAAUUAGUUCUUUCUAUAACAUUCAAGUAUAAACAAUACACUGGAUGAAUAUUUCUGGGUAUAAUAGUCAGAAAAUAUUAUUUUAUCUUUAACUUUUCACAUUCCUGUUAGAUUAAAAAUGCAUUGAAAUAUAGACAAAACUCAGUAAAGAAAUUCUUUUUUAAAAAUUAAUUUUCUAAAAUAAAUGUUUUAUAUAGGAUACUAAUACGAUUUUCUGUUUUCAGCUGAAAUUGUUGGUAUGGGAGCAGCCCAAGCUGUGGACACAAUGUUUGGAUCUCGAGCUAGGAAGGGCAUGUUCCGAACUGUUAGUCAGCUGUACAAGGAACAGUUAGCCAAGCUAAUGGCCACGUUGAGAAACACAAACCCCAACUUUGUGCGCUGCAUCAUACCCAAUCAUGAAAAGAAGGUCAGUACCAUUGUUAAUGGAUAAUCUUUUAAGUGUAUAUAAAGGUUGAUAUAUUAUAAUCUAUAUUAACUCAUUCCCUGCGGCAGCGCGGCUUCCGGACUUAAUUUAUUUUCCUGAGAAAAGGGAAGCAACUCAGUUUUGAAAUUGAUUUAUAUUUUUAAAAUAUUUUUUUAAGUUGCUAAAUAUUAUUUAAUGUUAAUGAAUUAAGAACAAAUUCAACAAAAAAUGAAUAAGGUUUAAUAUAAAUAUAACAUUAGCGGGGAAAAAAUAACGAACAAUGGGCAAAAAAAUAGAUUUUCGGCACCUCGGACGAACACAUGCUACAUAUAGACGCGCCGUACUAAAGCACACGUAGUUUUAAAGUGAAACCAGAUAAAAACUUCCGGUUUCUAAAUUAAAAUCACGCAGAAAUCACGCCAUAGCCGGAAGUCUCGAGGGACGCGAGAUUUCAUUUCUAUUUUAAACUAAAAAUAAGAGAGGUGUGUCGCUAUGCGACGGGACGCAUUUGGAUGCAUCAGGAGAAACCCCCCCGAGGACGCAUUUAGUCGCAACCGUCGGGAAUGAGUUAAAUAAGAUUAUCACAUUGUUUUACAAAUACAACCAAACCAAAAAAGCUGUAUGCUAAAAUGAGCUGUUGAUUCCAGGCAGGCAAAAUUGAAUCCGCUCUGGUCUUAGAUCAGCUGAGAUGCAAUGGUGUUCUUGAAGGAAUCAGGAUUUGCAGACAAGGCUUCCCCAACAGGAUUCUGUUCCAAGAGUUUCGUCAGCGCUAUGAGAUACUGACGCCCGCUGCUAUUCCACGAGGCUUUAUGGAUGGCAAAAAAGCUGUGGAAAAGAUGGUAAGGACUCAUUGCACCCACAUUUUAAAAGUUUUAAAACUCUCUCUUGUAUCUUUUCUACUCUUCAUUUUUUUUUAAAUUUUGAAAAAUUAUAUUUUUCUAAAUUCUUUUGAUGGUCAACAGAUCUCAGUUCUAGAACUGGAUGCUAAUCUUUAUCGCAUUGGGCAAAGUAAAAUCUUUUUCCGCGCUGGCGUGCUAGCUCACCUGGAGGAGGAGAGGGACCUCAAAUUGACAGAUAUCAUUGUCCAGUUCCAGGCUCUUGCAAGAGGGCUGAUGGCUAGAAGGUAAACCAUUCUGCACCAGUAAUUUUUGUUAUUAUUUAAGUGGAAAUAUUUUUCUGUAUUAAAUAUUAACUAUUUUAUAGACUUUAAUUUGUUUACAAUAGUCAAAUUUGAUUAAAUUUGUCACAUCACCAGAAACUAUCAGAAGAGAUUGCAACAAAUCAAUGCCAUCCGUGUCAUCCAGAGAAACUGUGCUGCUUAUCUCAAACUCAGGAACUGGCAGUGGUGGAGAUUAUUUACCAAAGUUAGUAGAGUCAUAGCCCUUACAGAUAUUUAAUGGCAUGUUCUAGACAUAAUUUAAAUAAUGCACAUCUUUAUUUCUUUUUAUGCUUUUAUCCCAAUGUUUUAAACCAUAUUUUUUAUAAAUAAUUUUAUGAAGAAAAUAUUAGACAGACUCAGUUUACUUUGCCUUGGCAACAUCGUACAUAUGAAGAUGAUACCUGGAGUACUUAUCUUCUUUUAAACUUUAUCUUUGAACAUGUCACUUUUUAAAAUAUAUUUGUUACCAUGCACCAUUUAGUUUAAACUAAUAAAAAGAACUGUCAAAUUCAUAAAAGACCUAACAAUAAAAUGUUCUAUUUAGGUGAAGCCCUUGUUGUCUGUAGCAGGUCAGGAAGAAAAGAUCCACGAGAAAGAAGAAGAGUUGAAAAAACUUAAAGACAACUAUGAGAAACAGAAACAGGAAACAGAAGAAAUGGAGAGGCGUUAUGCACAGAUCAUAGAAGAGAAAAAUAUUUUGGCCGAACAGUUGCAGGCUGAGACCGAGCUGUGUGCUGAGGCUGAAGAUGUAAGUACAUAGUUUGCUUUUUUUUUUUUAAUGCAUCCACAAUAUAGUCAAUUUAAAGUGAUUUUGCUGUUUGUUUCUUGCAGAUUUUGGAGCUUUUAGAUUAACUUAAAUACCGUACUCAAAGAUAAAUUAAGGAUUUAUAAAAUUAUUUUCAGGCUCGUCUCCACCUGAGCAAACGCAAAGAGGAGCUGGAAGAAAUUUUACAUGAGUUGGAGAUGAGGAUUGAGGAAGAAGAAGAACGCAACAAUGUGAUACUUGAGGAGAAAAAGCUUAUGCAACAAAAUAUCAAAGACUUGGAAGAACAGUGAGUAUCCAAGCUUAAGAUCUUCUAUUGAUAGGUGAACCAUCGGUGAACGCUCCUUCUGCUUCCAUGGGCCCACGUUCUGGAACCAGCUCCCCUUCCAUGUACGUCAUAGUGAGACCUCGUCCCUUUUCAAAAAGUCCCUUAAAACUCAUCUGUUUAGGUCCGCCUAUGACCUGUGAUGCAUCCUCCUUGCCCUACCUAAUUUUCUGUUUCGGUUUAAUCCUGAAGUGUCAAAGUGUCCUCUUUUUAUAGCCAUUUUCAUUGUUUCUAUAGAAUAGUAGUUACUAUCCUAGUGUCUCAUUUGUAUUUACUUAGUUUACUUGUUUUAAUAAUUGUAAAGCGCUUAGAGCUUUAUGAUAAGCGCUAUAUAAAAAUGCCUAAAUAAAUAAAUAAAUAAAUAGGGUGAAUAAAUAGUUUCUAUACUCUUUUUGUGAUAAGUGUGAUAGCUACUACUGUUACAAUACACAAUCUUUGCUCAUAUUGGGAUGUGAAAUAGUACUAAGUACUUAUUAUUGUUACUUAACUGUCAGUAUUGUUAUAUGUAACAAAAGAGACCAAAUAACUUUUCUUACAAUUAAAUAGGUGCUUAAAAAUCCUCUCUUAUUUUCAUACAAAUAUUUAGUUCAGCUUUUUUUUUUGUUUUUUUUUUUGGUCAUAAUAGUAUAAAGUAAUAUUAUAUCAGUCAUGUGGGAAAUAUAAGUUAUUUUAUAAAUAAAACUUGAUAAACAAACUUUUGUUUGGACUGAAAUUGGUUAUUAACUAUAUCUAAGCCCUCUUCCCCUUACUUUAAAGUCAUCAACUGCCCCAUCACUAAAAGUCACAAACUCACCUUCCCCUACUUCAUAACAUCAUAAGUGGACAGCUCCAUAUGCUAACACCAGACCUGUUUACCCCCAAACUCUUAAAAUCGUACAGUAUCAUCACAAAAUCAUUAAAUACAUUAUCUUAAUAGUAAAUAAACACACAGUGUAUAUAAUGCAUACACCUCAAAAUCGUACAUUGUACGCCAAAAUCGUAAGAGUAAACAGGUCUGUAACACUGAUUUCAAUAACUUAUGGUAACAAUUUUUUGGACUGUAAUACCAUAUUGUUUUCUCUAGGCUAGAGGAGGAAGAGCAGACACGACAGAAACUGCAGCUGGAGAAAGUGACAGCUGAAAGUAAGAUGAAGAAACUGGAAGAGGAAGCAGCUCUUAUUGAUGAUACCAACCAAAAAUUAUCUAAAGAAAAAAAACUCUUAGAGGAACGCCUUGCUGAAGCGCAGCUCAAUUUGGCUGAAGAAGAGGAAAAGUCAAAACAAUUAAUCAAGCUAAAAAAUAAAUAUGAAGCAAUUAUUGCUGACUUAGAGGAAAGAUUGAGAAAAGAACAGCAGGUAUGUUUUAGCACUUCAUUCCAACAGUUAUCAAAAUCCCAGUCUGUUAUUCUUUUUUCCUUCCUAAAAUUAUAUUUUUUUAACGUUUCAUUUUUACUGAAAAGCCACAUGGGACCUUAUCAAUAUCAAUGAGUUCUUUAUCCAGUUGAGAUUUAAACAAAAAUCAUAUGUCAUUCCUUUUUCUCUCUUGAAUUGAUAGGCCAGACAAGAACUGGAGAAGAUUCGGCGUAGAUUAGAGACAGAGUUAACAGAUUUGAGAGACCAACUCAAUGAGAAGAGACAGCAAGUAGAAGACUUACAAGCACAGCUUGCCAAAAGAGAAGAGGAAGUCCAGGGAGCCUUACAAAAGUAAGAAACAUCUGUUGUACCAACAUUAUAGUCAAGUCUGUUGUCAUUGCAGUGUUUCAAGAUUUUCAGACUAAUCUUUUGGACAUCACUUUGUGUAUUCAUUCUGUCUGCAUAUUUAUUCUGUCUUUUAAAAUAUGUUAACUACACACAUAUGGUCUGUGGUAAAAUUUACACUGACCUUUGUUAUAUUCAUCAAUCUAUGCAUUAAUAAAUGUACUACUCACAUAGACUUAUUAAUUAACAUGAGAAACACAUAAAAAUUACCAUUAGAAUUAUGACAAGAACAUAUCUGACCUAGUAUUUCUAUUAUUUAAUAGGGCCGAUGAAGAGCAAGGCUCCAAAACAACUCUACAAAAACAAAUUAGAGAGCUGUCCAAUCAGUUGCAAGAAUUACAGGAAGAUUUAGAGAUUGAACGAGAAUCAAGAACAAAGGCUGAGAAACAAAAGAAAGAUCUUAAUGAAGUAACUUGUUAUAUUUUAAGCUAUUUAGUUGACUGAUGUAAUCAUAUAGCUUUAUGGACACUGGAUUCUUUUCUUUCAUUUUUUUUUUUUUCUCUCUGGUAAAAUAAGUUUUUAAAAUAGUUUAUUAAAUAAUUUGGUCACCUAGAUUGACCAUAGUAAAAAAUGUCUGUUAUUGGGUAUAAUGCCCCUUUUAUUUAUUUUGUGUGUGUAGGAUCUGGUUUGAAUGUAAAUGGUUCAAUAUUCUUUGUUAAAUAAGUUAUUAGCAUUUUCUUGGUUUAUUAUCUUUUCUAAAUGAAAUGUUGGAUUUCUUUGUUGUUCAGGAGCUUGAAGCACUCAGGGGAGAGCUUGAAGAUUCCUUGGAUACAACUGCUGCUGUGCAGGAACUAAGAACCAAACGAGAGCAAGAGGUUCAAGAAUUGAAGAGAAUGGUUGAAGGGGCUCAAAAGUCACAUGAAGAUGGCCUUCAGGAGGUCAGACAGAAAUAUACACAACAAAUAGAGCAAGUAAAUGAGGAAUUGGAGAAUGCCAAGAAGGUAAUGCAAUUAAAACUCAUUAUAAUUUGGUGAGUUUUGGGAAUUCAAUAAUGAACUAGAUGUAAACAUAAAAUUAAAUUGUGAACUCUUGACAAUAGACAAUAGUGAACAACUGUUACCUUUUCCUAACUAAAAAUGGAGAGUUGUAGCCAGAAAAUAUUUCAAUAUGAGGACCUUUGACAUCAGCUGUUCAUUUUAUGCCAGAUGGAAGUCAUGAUGACCAUUCAAAUUGUUAAUUUGCUUUCAUGGGUUUUUAUUGUAAAUGUCUGAACCAAUAAUCACUGUUACAUGUUCAGUCAGACAGAAAAUGCCAAUAUGGGGAUUUAGAAUGUCAUGUAUCUUUUUUAAUUGUGGCAUAUAUCAUUUACAAUCUAUUUUUUUUUUUUAGAUGAAGAUAAAUCUUGAAAAAGCCAAGGUUACCUUGGAGGCAGAGAACAAAGAUCUGGAGAAUGACUUGAAGAGUGUGCAGAUGGCCAAACAGGAAUCUGAACGUAAACGUAAACAAGCAGAGACCCAGCUGGCGGAGUUGAGCAUCAAACUAGCAGAGUUUGAAAGAAAUUCUACCGACUUUGGAGAGAAAGCAAAAAAAUUGCAGGUAAUUUAUAACUGAUUUUUUUAAUUUUGAUGAUAUUUGAACCACAAUUGUCCCCUUUUAAAGUAAACCAAAGUCAAAGAAAAAUAUAAUUUAGUUACUAAUAAAUGUUUAAGUAAUGGUCUUGAUUAAUAGAUUAUUGAUAACAAUCCAAAUACCUGAAGAAGAAAAAACACUUGCAAACUAUUUAGUAAAAUCCUGAAUUAAAGAAGAUACUCUAAUAGGAAAUAGUGUUAUUAUAAGUGGACAUUUAGUCCAUAAACAAAGCUUACAGAUAUUUCUCAUAGCUGGCUUUGUGUCCAAUAAAUCAAAAGUAAUUUGUGCAAUUAUUACUGUAAUUUUUUUUAAAUUUCAAAAUAUCAAUGAAACUAGAAAGAUUAUUCCUAUAAUGAGUUUUACUGCUUAUAUAAUUUAUGUGUAACUUUGAUUCCAGACUGAGUUGGAGCAGUCUGUACAGCAACUGCAGGUAGCUGAGACUAAAGCACUCCAAGGACAGCAAAAAAUAUCUUCUUAUGAAGCCCAACUUGCUGAUGUUCAGGUACGUCUUGUACUAUUUUAGUGUGAACGGGACAUAAAGGUUAUAGUCAUUAACCAUGUAGUGUGCUGCAAACUUAAUUUUUAUUUCAAGAAUUUUAUCAUUUCCCAUCAACCUAACAAUGCCACUGAAACAUAUUAACUUGUCAAUUUCAGGAAACUCUACAAGAGGAAACCAAACAGAAACUGGCAUACCAGUCCAAACUUCGGGCAGCUGAAGAAGAAAAGGCUAAUCUUGAGGAGAGACUGGAGGAAGAGGAAGAAAACAAAAGAAUAUAUGAAAAGCAAAUACAAGAACUUAACCAAAAGGUGAUUCAAGGGGUCAUUUUAUAUAAUUUAAGUUUUCUUUCUGACUAAUUUUUAAAAAUUGUCUCAUCUGCAUUUGGGGUCCUGCUUCUUUUUUUUAACCUGUUAAUCUUCUCAAUCAGAUUAUUGAAAUAAAGAAGAAAGCAGAAGAAGACCUUGUAAACAAUGAAGUUCUUGAAGAGUUUAAAAAGAAAGCGGCCCGUGAAAGUGAACAAUUGAAUAACAGCCUGGAGGAGUUGAGAGUACAAAAUGAUAAACUAGAAAAAUCAAGGCGAAAACUUCAGGCAGAGGUUAGAAAAGUUUUCUAUUAUUGUCUAUUUUCAUUUAUAUUUUUUUUUAAUUAUCCUCGUUUUCGUUUAAAGAAUAGUUAAGUUUUAACAGCAUUUUAUUGUUAUUAUUAGUUUUUCUCCAUAUUUUAAUAAAAAUAUUCUAUGUUUCAUGUGAGAAAAGCAUCUUCGCACCAGAUUUAUCAUGGGACUUUGGUGAUGUAUCUUGUACAGAUAAUUAAUGUUUGCAUGUGUGCAUUUGCCAGGUGGAUGAUAUGUCAGUGGAGCUUGAGUCUCAGCGUGCCAAUGUUUCCAAUGCUGAGAAGAAACAGCGCAAAUUUGAUCAAAUGCUUGCUGAAGAGAAAGCCUUAAGAGAAAGGUGAGGCAAAUUUAUUUUUUUCCCAAACAAAGACAAACUAAUCUGAUUUAUUAUCAUUUUUUUUCUCUUCUUAACAUUUGAGUGGACUAAAAUAAUGUCUUACCUCAUCAGACUGGCUGCUGAAUUUGAUCAAGUGGAAAAAGAAAGCAGAGAAAAGGAGACGAAGAUUUUGAACCUGCAGAGAACAUUAGAUGAACUUCAAGAGAGGGCAGAACAGCUUGAGAGAAUAAGGCAGCAGCAGGCACGAGAGUUGGACGAUCUCGUUUCAUCCAAAGAUGAUGUUGGCAAGAAUGUAAGCCCCAUCAUAAUAAGGCCGGUCCAGGAAUUAACCAGUUGGCCUACUUGGGGGGUUGGAGGGAAAGCUGCGUAGCAGCAUUUGAUAAAUAAUGGACAGCGUAUGAUGAAUAAUGGUCAGCAUUUUAUAAAUAAUGAUUAGCCCCUAAGUAAGUUGUUAUUCUUAUAUAAAUGAAGGGCCUGGUAGAAAAGUACUUUUCCAGUUACACAUUUAAAAGUUACAUAAUUUUUAAAAAAAAUUUUAAGACCUGCAUUAUAUUUCAUCACAUCCCUUGCAUCCUUCCUGCAAAUGUUGUUCACAUGUAGGAUUACCAUACACACUGGUCAAGGCCAGGCCAGUUUGAAAUUUUUUUCUUAUUUCCAUUUUAGUUAAGUAAAAAUUAAUUUGGCCGGCACUUGGUUGUAUCCAAUCCACACUUAUUGUAUCUAAGCUAAAGUUAAUUAAUUUCUAUGUGUAAAUGCUGCCAAGUUCAAAAGCAACAUACUUUUAUCUAGGAAAAAGUACACAUGUAGAUAUGAGGGUGAGCCAAAUGUUUGGUCUGCAAAUUAUGGGACAACACGCACACACUCACCCAAAACCACUUUUUUAAAAUGAGAAGAUAUUGGUAAUAAUAAGCCAGCAGUUUGAAGCUAUAAUACCCAUCUUCGGUCCCAUGUUUCCACCAUAGGUACCAGUUUCAACCCUUAAAAUCAGGUUAAGCUUAGCUUGAUCGGAAAAAAGUAGAUUUUAAUAAAAACAAAUGUUAGGUAUUUCCAAUCAAUACCAUCAAGUACAAAACUCACUUCUCUCUCAACAGUCAACAUGGAUUUGGGUAAUUUUUCCCACUUGGUUAAAGUUGGCAACCUUUAUUUAGUGAGGAGCCAUUUUUAUAAAUUAUAAAUGGAAACUGCAGGUUGCCAACCACUACACUAGGUUAUGCAUAUACACAUAUAGUAUAUAUGUACCAAAGGUUCUCUCCCCAAACCCCAUUAUAUAAAAAUAACUUUGUAUAUUCAUUUUUUUUAUAACACAAUAUUUAUCUUUUAAAAAACUUUUUAUCAACUGUUUUGUUAUUGUAGGUUCAUGAUUUGGAGAAAGCUAAGAGGGCAUUGGACGCUACAGUGGCUGAACAAAGACAACAGAUCGAAGAUUUAGAAGAUGAGCUGCAGGCAGCCGAGGAUGCCAAACUCCGCCUGGAGGUGAACAUGCAGGCCCUGAAAGCUCAAUAUGAUAGAGAUGCUGCCGGCAGGGAGGACCAGGAGGAAGAGGCCAAGAAAUCUUUGCUACGACAGGUGGACAUUUUUUUUUUAAAUUUUAAAAGCCAUAAUUUCAAUAACCGCUCAUUUAAAUUGAAUUAUUUUUAAAAAAAAUUAUGAUGUUAAGAUAAAGUCUAUGAUCAUUGUUGAAAUAUUGUAAAAAAAAAAUUAAAACAUUGUCUGACAGUUGCGUGAGAUGGAGGCUGAGUUGGAAGAUGAGCGUAAACAAAAGGCCAUGGCGGUCCAGAGUCGCAACAAACUCCAAGGAACUUUGGCUGGUCUAGAGCAACAAGUGGAACUGGCCAACAAGGUCAAAGAAGAUGCAGUCAAACAAUACAAGAAGAUAGCUGCACAACUGAAAGACUAUCAGAGAGAAGUGGACGAAGCAAGACUUUCUAGAGAUGAAGCUCUUGGGGCAGCCAAAGAUAAUGAGAAAAAGGUACCACUUAGAAACGAUAUAGAGAUUUUUUAUUUGGGUAUUAACUAAGACCUGUCCUUGCUACUGACUUACUAGCUUUUCAUGAUUUAAUCAAUCUUGCCGAAAUUUAAAUGGCAACACAAUAUUAGAUCAUUAUUUGUAUGAGCAAGCAAGUGCUUCUCUGUUCCUACAACUCGCAAAAUACUUGUCUAACAAUGUCCGGACACUAAAAUAGAUUGUACCUUCUUCAUAUAAUGAGUAGAAGCAGAAGAGCUCUUAAGUGUAUUUAAUAAUUGGAAGUUUUUUCAUGCCAGUCAGCUGUGUUAUUUGAAUUUAAACUAAAGUUAAACAUGUUUUUUUUAAUUGCCGGAAUAGGUGAAAAAUCUAGAGGCUGAAUUGCUGAGGCUACAGGAAGAACUUGCGGCUGCUGAGAGAGCUCGUCGUAAUGCUGAAUCUGAGAGAGAUGAACUGGCUGAUGAGAUUGGCAACAGUGCUAGUGGCAAGUAAGUAAUCAAACUGAAUUAUCUUCCCUAUGCUUGUAUGUAUAUUUUAACCAAAAAAUAAGAAUUUUUGGUUCCAGUGUGACUAAAGGCAAUUUAAUCACUGUUGUGUGUUACAGGCAAGCUCUCUUGGAUGACAAGCGUCGUCUAGAAGCUAGAAUAACUGAGUUGGAAGAUGAGCUGGAAGAUGAGCACACAAAUACUGAACUUUCUAAUGACAAGGCUCGUAAAGCUCAACUUCAGGUAACUUUAAAUCUGUUUGAAAGUUUAUCAAAUUUACUAAAAAGUUCAAGUUUGACCAUCGUCACCUUUUAUUUUUUUUUCUCAAUAUUUUUUUUUUUUUUUUUUUGUUGGCUUCCGUCCGUCACAAUGUGACGUAGUUUUCCCAUCGUUACCUUUUAUUUUUUUUUCUCAAUAUUUUUUUUUUUUUUUUUGCUGGCAUCCGUCCGUCACAAUGUGACGAUGGAGUGGGCUUCGUAGGACGAAAUCCACAUAGCCUGGGAUUAUUAUACUUGGUUCCCAACAGCAAAUCGCCUCUCUCCACGCCGCUGGGUAACCCAAGGGAACAUCAUUGGAUGAUACAGCUUGGCACCAGUGACGUCGCAGGAGUUGUCGGAAUGUUUCAUUGUAUCAAUGCUAUCCGCCUUUCGGACUCCAUCUCCGGGUUUGAUUUCAGAGUUUCCUUCUCUUAGAUGAGUUGCCGUCCAAGGUUAACGAGUCCCAUCUACCCGGGGCGCUGGUGGUGUUUUUGCUCUAGCUGGAAUUGAACUCCAGACCACCAACUUGAGAUUUGCUCAGUUUAGACCACUCGGCCACCCAGCACCCGAUAUAUUGUUGUGUUAAAACCUGUUAAUUUGACUGUAUUAAAUAUGUAACUACUUCCAAUAAUUAUUUUCAGUUGGAACAACUUAAUACUGACUUGGCCUCAGAGAGAUCAGUUUCUCAGAAGUUAGAGAAUCAACGGUCUGCCCUUGAGCGUCAGAACAAAGAAAUGAGAGACAAACUACAAGAGCUGGAGGGACAGAAUAGAGCUAGAACAAAAGCCACCAUAGCAGCCCUUGAGAGUAAAGUUGCAAAUUUAGAAGAGCAGCUUGACCAGGAGGCAAAGUAAGGCAAUCACUUUUUAAUAGAUUUUUUUUUUUUCAGUUGACAUAAAUGUAGGUUGUACAAUUUUAUUGUGACCGUGUUGAGAUGUGUGUAUAUAUAUAUAUAUAAUAUAAGACUUAAAAUGGUUUCAGUUUAUGGAAAUAGUAAGGAGUUUCUGAUUUGAGUGAUAGAAUUGUUAAAUGUAAAUCCAUCUCAGUUAGCAUGUAGCUUUAUAUGUUGUGCCAUAGUCUGAUUCAACCUGAUGACCUCUUUAACAGAUCUUCAACAAUGCAUCUGAACAAAACUGUCUAAUGGUGUCCUAAAUAUUACUGUAAGUAAUAUGACAAAAAGUAUGUCUAUGUGACCAAGAAUGCAGUGUCUAAUUUAUUAUUCACCAGAGAAAGAGCAGCUCUUGCCAGAACCAACCGCAAAAUGGAGAAAAGGCUGAAAGAGUUGAUGUUGCAAGUAGAGGAUGAGAGACGUAGUGCAGAUCAGUACAAAGACCAGGUUUGUUAGUAAAUAACUAGUAAAUAACGAUCUACUUUCCUUAAUGCUGCAAGGACAAUAUUUUGCAGUGAUGUGAGAUUCUAAUUGUAAGCAAAAAUACGAUAUAAAAACCAACAAAUAACUAAUCUAGCUAUUAAAUUAUGUUGUUAUUACACAGGUGGAUAAAGUAAACAACAGAGUAAAGGCUCUGAAGAGGCAGUUGGAUGAAGCUGAAGAGGAAGUGGCCAGAUCCAGUGGUCAGAAACGUAAGCUACAGCGAGAACUUGAUGAACAGAUGGAGGCCAAUGAGGCCAUGACCCGGGAGAUGUCCACUCUGAGGAAAUACAGGUAAGGAGCCAUCUUGUUUGCAAAGACAUAUUUUGAGUAUUUUGUAAUUAUUGUCAUGUGUCAUUUCUAAACCUGGUUCUGAGAAGGAUCAAAAUCUGUCCUUACAGUUAUUCUAGUUGAGUCUGACAUUUUUUUGACAUAACUUUACAGUCAUUUAAACACACCAUGUGUUUUAUUUCUAUAACCAAUCCAUGAAAGAACUCCAUGAACCAGAUAUAAGAUGAUGAAAGGGCUCAUUGUAAUCCUACUAAUUCCUCCUCCCAAUGUUGUGGUGCAUGUUAGAACUUACAGGCCCACUAACUAAUCCAGCUUAUUUUUGUAUUUUCAGUGAAAGGUAACUAAAUAAUACGGUAAAAUGCAUUGCAUACAAAAUAGUGUCUAACUUAUCUCAUAGCAAUGAAACUGAAUGAAUUUCUAUAAGCAAAUUUUGAUAUAAACUUUUGUGCCUGUAUGUGUGAGACAUUUGUUUGCGGUGGAAUUUAAACUCAAUUCUUGGACCUUUUAUUGGUAGAAUUUUGACUCAAUGUCAGGGCCUGUUUAUAAAUUCCAGGUCCUGUUAGUAUGCAGAAUUUGAGCUCAGUUUUAGAGCCUGUACUGUCAGUAUUAGAAUUUAAGUAAAUUGGAGGGCCACACUGGUAAAGACAUCAAAAGAAUACUAAAAACUGUCUACCACAUAAAUGGCAACUGGGGAUAACAAGGAGAAUUGAAGACAGAAAUAACGUUACCCUUUUAAAAUUAAUUUGUAGCGGAAUAUUGACACAUUGAACUACAUGGAAUCAGGUGUGGUCCAAGCUUGAAAGAGAAAAAUGUUAAAACGAAAGUUGAGGGUUUGAUAGUGUGACAGGUUUAAACUUAACUUUAGGGCUUGAUUGAGUGAGACAUGUUAAACUUAAGGGCCUGAUUUGCAUCCGUUUACGUACCUUUCAGUAGUAAACCAAAAGAAAAAGAAUAAAUGGCUGGUAAGAUUCUCACCAUCACAAUGUCCAAUGUGCUUGUGUAUGCUUGAAAUGACAUGUUUUGCAAGUUUACAUCAGUUAAAGACAGCCCCAUUAGCUUGACAGUGGAACUUGUCUGACUAGGGCUAACGUAAUAGAAAGAAGAAAAAAAAAAUGUUCCUUGAAAGCUCAAGGAUGUUUAAACAAUAUUUAUGGUGUAAUAUCCUAUGUUUUUGGUCAUAUUAAAAUAUUCAUAAUGGAUCAGAAAGACUUUGGCUGAUCAUCUAUUUAAACAAAUAAACCCGUUGAAUCUAAUGAGGACAUUCCAUCUGUAACAUUUGCAUGUAUCACUGACUUGUAUUUAAGUGCAAGUUCCAUUGGUGCAUGAUAUGAGCUUGAUCUCUCACUGACUAGUAAACAGUUUUAGGAGAACUAUUAACUAGCUGAUUGAUACUGGCAUUGCAAAAAUCAGAUCCUAAGUGAAUUUCUUGUGAAUGUCAGAGACCUACUUUCUGCGACCUACUUUCUGCAACUUUAGUCAGCUGAUUUGCCUAUUUCUAUAAAAAUUGCAUAACGGAAGUUAAAAGAAAAGAUGAACACAGUAUUUAAAGAAAUGAAUUGGGUCAUAGAUUAAACGCUGCAUUUUGUUCUUCUUGCAUUAACUUGCACUAUUUAUUCCCUACUGUUCAUAUCUAUAUGUUGCUAUUUUUGCAACCCUAAUCAUCCAUCUUAACUAUGCCUAGUCCUCUUCCCUUCUCCUUAUACAAAAACUGGUUAGAGAUUUAUUCUACUUACAGAACAACUCACAUCCCAUCUACAGACCUGUUUACCCUCAAACUCUUAAAAUGGUACAAAAUCAUCACAAAAUCUUUCAAUACAUUAUCUUAAUAGUAAAAAAAAACAUGCAGUAUAUAUAAUGUAUACACCUGAAAAUCGUACAUUGUACGCCAAAAUCGUAAGAGUAAACAGGUCUGCAUCUAUCUGAUCAUAUUUUACACCAUCAAAACUGCUUGCUCAGCAUUCAUUAAUUUUUAAAGGCUCACAAACAAGAGCUACUUAAUUGCACUAGAGCUACUUGUACUUAAUUGCACUAACGUUCAUAUUUCUUUAUAAUCAAGUCAUUGUAUUCAGAAAAAAACCUGCAUGAAAAUAAUCAUUAGGAUAAAGUUUACUUAGGUUGACACUUUAAAUUAUCCUCUUUGUGAUAUUUGUUUAGACUUAUUUUUUGUUUUCUGGUGGUUUUCCUUGUGCAUCUCUUUUAUAUUGUUUGUUACCAACUGGAACUAUGGUUGUGUUCUACAGUGCAUGGUCUUCUGCUGAAAUGUAUGCCUGUUUGAAUGUCAUAUGUUUGUGCCAUCUGGUAUUUAUUAGAAAUGACAUGCUACUUUGCCAGAUAUUUGCAUGCAUGUAUGUCAUCCCGUUUGAUUUUAUAUGUUAUUCUUUUAAAAAAAUUUUAAUUGAACUUUUUCCAGACCAUCGGCAUCCAGGUCAUCCCGAUCUGUUAUGUCAUCACUUCGGGCUGGUUCUGAUACAACACUAGAUGAACAGGGCUCAGAGGAUGGCCAGGAUGAGCAAACUUCGGAAACAUAAUUUGCUUGAACUUAUGUCUUACCAAUGUUUUGUUUUUAAUGACCAAUAUUGGGGCAGAACAUUUGUACAAUUUUAGUUGGAAAUGAUAGAUGUGUGGAUGAUGUUACUUACACUAUCUCGCAUGGGCAGAGUUUGGUAGAACUUGUUCCUGAUUUAAUCCAUAGAUAGUUCAUAUUUUGUGUGGUGUAUUCAAUGUACAACAGAUCGGUUUGAACCUGGGUUAUCUUGUACAUGACGACCCACAGCAAUCUUAUAUUGGUGAAGUGUUUCCUCAAUUAUUUCUCCUCUCUGCUCUGAGAUACAAUGUUGAACACAAUUUAAAGUAGAUUUCAUGUGCCUGUCACAAUGUGGCCAGACAAGAGCUAGCGCUGUGUGAGUGUACAGGUGAAAGAAUACUACCCACCCCGUAAUAGCGUUUUCAAUAUUAUGGAUUAUUAUUAUCAUUAGCCUCGUUUCAUUUUUUACAUUGAAUUGCUAUAUAAAAACUAUAGAGACACAAUGUAUGCUUGCUGUAUAAACAUGUCUGUUCUCCCAUUGACCAAGCUAGCUCUACUGUGGCGGCGUGCUGCAUCAGUCUCUUCAGACAUUUAAUGACACUCAUUCCAAGAGAACUCAGCUAUGUGUUAUGGAUGUCAGUUUGUUUGAUCACAAUGCUGUUUUGUAUGUGUUUUGUCAGGGUCAUUUCUAAUGUAGGACCUGAGAACAUGGGCAUUUCCAUGGCACUUGUUUUCAAGUUGUAGCCUUAUAUUUCCUGGCUGAUGACUUUUUGGGGGAUAGAAUAAUUGGUUUCCUAUCUCUGCCACAGGAUAUCAUAAGACAUUCUCUGUGUUCAGCUUGUUGUUUUGUUUUUCAGCUUUAUCUAUAAGAACAUAAUUGAGCAUAUAACAAUAUUUAUAUAUAUACAUACAACAAAUAAUUUCAAUGAUACUGUUGUUUCUAUGCUAUAUUAAACCAAACUUUGACUCAUUGAUGUAGAGUUGCUGCCCAUGUCUGUGAAGUAACACUUAGCUCCCCUUCACGGCUGUCCUAUUGGUUCAGCACAGUUUAAAAAUCUUUGAAGUUUCAAUAUUUGUUGACUCCAUUGAAAUGAAAGGAAUUGUGGGCUUUAUGUUUGUUGGGUAAAAAAAAGAAGAAAAAUCCAACAAAAACAAAAAAGGGAUAUGGUAAAUAAAUGAAUACCUUGUUGAUUGAGGGAUGCCAUGUUAUAUCCAGGGUCUGUAGCAAGUUGAUAAAUUUGUGCUUAAUGCAAUAAUCAUGUACUGCUUUGCUGAACUUCCAAAUAAACUCUCAACCUAUACUCAAAGAGGAACCAUAGGUUUUGUUCAUUCAACUGUGUAGAAUGAUGUCUAAUGGAGAAUUUUAGUUUUUAUUCCUGUGCUCCAUUUCAUUUAUGGGUGAUCUGGGACAUGGUUAAAAUAUGGAGUAAUUAAUCAGCAAUAGUGAAGUAUGGAGUAAUUAAUGAUUCAUGGGGAAGUAUGGAGCAACGAAAUAUGGUGGAGUGUUAAAUGAGAAAUUGUGAAGUAUGGAGUAAUUGAGAUGUGGUAAAGUGUGGAGUGAUGUGAAGUAUGGAGUUAUUAAUGAGUCACUGAAAUAUUGAAUAAAUCUGUGGUGUAAAAAUAGGUGGAACAUUGGAAUAUUAAUAUAAGUCAGGGGCGUGCAAAAAAGAGUGCCGUUUGUACCUGGUGUGUAGUACUAUUUGGAUUGCCAUCAGGUGGGUUACCUGAAUGCAUAUUUUGUAAAGUAACGUUAGAUGGGAAGUUAAUGCAUCGCCCCCCAUUAUUUGGGUUUAACUAGUAAAUAAAUAAAUUAAUAAUAACAUGGGACAUAAGAGUACACCUACCUACUACAACUAUUAGAUUAAUUCGGAUACAAUCCUUUACCAGAUACAAUUAUUGACCAGAUACUUGGACGCUAUCAUUGACUACAAUUAUAUGCGAUACAUUCUU